AUGGAAGUCAUUGAAAUCAACAGUGAAGAUGUAUCGUUCCAAGAGCAACGGAGCAAAAAAGAUGACAUUAUUGUACUUUCCGAUGAUUCCGACCCCAUAAUUUACACAAACAACUCAACUUUAGGGAAGCCACUUCCGCCAAGCUCCCCACGAGGACCAGACUUUGAAUUAGACAAACCACUUGAGCCCGCCUCAUUGAAAGAAUCCGGCAGUAUUUUAGAUAUUGAGAAUUGGCUAAGCAGCUCUGAUGAUGACAGCAUGGAGUUUCUGAGCAUGCCUGCUCCAAAGAAACCUCUACGCAAUAAGAAACAGCUAGAUGCUAGUACUUUUGAGAAAGUGAAUUCGCCGGAAUUCAAAAUUAAGCUGCCUUUAAAAGUCGCUGAGUCAGCCCUACCGCCAAUCACCAUCGAAACAGACCUAUCUGAUCCCAUAAGCAGCUCACCAAAAAGUAGUCAAGUGUUCACCAAAACAGCAAGUCAAUUACCAUUCUCUGCAUCUGAACCUAGGACACAGAGCAGCCAGGCGUUCUCGAAAAAGGAGUGGAAUGAAGUAAACAAGGUAACCAGGAAGAAAGAAGACAUUUUCAAGGAGAUGAUUCUUGAGAUCCCCAAAUGUCUUCAAAAGAUGUUUGAAACAGAAUACUUUAAAAAUGUAUUUGAGGGCACGCUGCAUUACCAAAAUCCGGCAACAAUUCCACUCAUCUCAUGGAAACGAAAGGUCAAGGCAGUGUACAACUCACAGGAUGACAUCUUCGAGCCUUGUCAUCCAAAAGAGAUUUCCGAAAGGUUUUCGGUUCUUUACUAUGAGGCAGAAGACCUAGUAGAAAAAAUUCAGAAUGAUAAACUACAAGAGGAUUACGAGCAUGCCAUUAGGUUAUUACAAGAUGCCAACUCGAGGCUCGACAAUCAUGUUAUGAUUAUGGUCAUUGGACUCAGAGAAUACAUAAGAAAACUACAGGGAAUCGAGGAUCGGGUGUAUCGUGUUGAAAUGUUGAAGAAAAUGAAUGAGCAAGUCUCCAAGAAACGCAAGCAUGAAGAAGUAAGAAUAAAGGCUUCUGAUGCCCAAAGAUGCAUUCAGAAGGCAGGAGUUGAUCUUGGUGUCAAUAUAUUCAGUGUAAGGACUACACAUGAAGCUAUUGACUGGCUUCAUUCAUUCACAUACACCAUUGGGUCUUCUCUCUACGACAAAUUUCAGCGAAAUCCCUCUCUUGCGAACAUAGGCACUGUCCGCCUGGGCUCGGAUAAAAAGUCUACAUUCAUAGAAAUGCUCAAGAAAUUCAAUCUCAUGACCCAGCCGAGAGCCGAGAAGCUCUAUGAGUUUUACACAUCCCCAAUCGCAAUCUACAGAAAAUAUCUCGAAAACGAAACCUUGGGUACGGUGAAUGGGAAGAAUAUCUUACCGCCUACAUCAAAUGCAGCAAUGCGACGAACGUUCACCGCUACAGAUCCUUCACAAAUCAUAACGUGA